AUGCCAAGGAAACGUAGCAAAGCGACGGGCUACAUUCUGGACCGCAAUGUGAGGGAAGAUUGUGAUGAGCAGAGGGCAUCUCUUGGGAAACAGCAACCACAUCGAACCCAAUGUCCCUUAAUGAGCCCUGAUGGUAGUGUGAAAGAACCAAUCGAUAGGCCCGGGUUCUUACAUUGCUUACGGAAUCCCGAUGUGCCUUCCCAACCGCCUAGCAAUCGUUCACCCUCAAACGAGCAGGGUCAAUUCGAUGGAUUAGAAGGUUGUGCCGUGGUCGACUUCUAUUCUUGCGUGCGAGACUUGACUUUGCUCUCUCUAGAGAAUGAAGAAAAUCUAUCCGUGCGAUUCAUUGAACACUUCUUUAACACAGGGGAUGCCGUUUCAGAAAUAUUUUGUAAAGCUUGCCUUUUGGAAGAGUGGCGUGACUUCACUCAGACAUACGAAUCAAUGAAUCGUGAUGAGGCCUUUGCGUUCAUGGCCAUCGUCUACGGAGCCAUGUCAAUCAGCCUGUUAUACUGUCGAUCACUGGGGGUAUUAGCCCCCGGCGAUAUCCCAGCCGAGGACCGCCUGAUACUUCGAAGUCUCGAGCUCUGCUCCAUGUGCUUGGACUGUAGCAAUUUGAACGAGGCUGGGAGAUACAAAGUCGAGGCAGCUGCUGUUCGCCUGACCGCCGAGCUUUACAUAAAAUUUAACCUACAGAAAGCCUACGCAUCAGUAGGGCAGGUGCUGGCCCUGGCCGAGUCCUUGGGAUACACAAAUUUGAGCGAAGCCCCAGUCUGCGAGGCGGGACGACGUCAGGAAACCUGGCUAUAUCUACGCCAUUGUCAAUAUUAUGUCAGUUUCUACUACGGCAAAAUCCAGACAGUUCUUCCAAAACGGAAUCAAAGCUGGACUGUUCAUUACAGGAUGACAAAGGAUCCUAUCCACUGCCCAGUCAAACCUUGUCCUCGCUCAACGCUGGCCCUUAUCCACAAGAUCGAGGAAGCGGCUACUGACAUCGGUCUGCGAAUCUUCCAGGAGACAAACAUUACUGCCGAGGCGCUACAGGAGUUUGAUCACCAGCUAGAGGAAAUCUAUAAACAACAGCUCAAACAUGUAAUGGGGCAUCUUGUCGAGACUUUUCAGACAAGGCAGAUGGUCAUGAUCGUGUACCACGCCGCCCGACUCGUCUCCCAUCGCUGGGCAUUACUUGGAGAAAAUAUACACCGGUCGGAUGCGAUCUCCACCUUCUCCAGACAGAAAUGCCUGCAAUCUGCAAUGGAGAUACUUACAAUCCAAAGAAUUCUCCAAAAUCACCGCAAGUCGCACAAUCCGUCAAUGCUCAGCCCUCUUAUCUUGUGUGAUUUCUUACUCGCGCAGACAGUGCUGCGGCUGGAGCUAUCCUACUUGAUACGCGUGCAUAAUCCCGCACCAGCUUUCGAACAACAUCGACAGGUCUACUACUCGAGCACAACAAUCUCCGAAAUACUUCGAGACUCCUUGCAAGCCUGGGGGGAACUAGAUAUGAUAAGCGUCCCGUGGAACGCCAACUUAGUGUGUCAAGAGACGAAAUCAACCUUGAGCGAUCAUGAUCACAUGGUUAUCAACGAAGUCCAUCACGAAUAG